AUGCCGGGCGCCACGAUCAACGGGCCGCAGCCCCAGCUGCUAUUUGUCGAUGGAUCAUUCGAGGAUCUUGCCCGGGAGAUGGCUGAGUACCUCAAGUCUGAGGAUGCCAAGCAGCUCCUGAGCGGCGACAAGGAGGUUCCCAAGGAGGAGGUUCUGUCAAAGCUGGUCGCGGCCUCCAACGCCCUCACCACCGUGCCGGAGAAGGAGUUCACUGCCGCCUCGAACCUGAUGAUCCACCUCGCCAUGCAGUCGUCCGACCCCAAGAAGCUGCUGCCCACCCUCUGCGCCAACCUCUCCAAGCCUGUCAUCAGCUCGCCCGUCCACGGCGCCGCCCUAGCGCUGAAUGCGCUCGUCACCAUUUUCAACCUUCUCGAGCCCAAUGACCCUGUCCGCGCCCGAGUCUUCAUGGAGAUCCUCAAGUUCAUCAAGGUACACGGCAUGUUUGAUGGCCUGCGGACCUACCUGGAGAGGCUGCCGGAAUGGAUUGCGUCAUGGGGAACCGAUGCCGCCAUGGAGAGGAAGAUUUACGAGGACGUGGCUGAUGUUGCCCUCGAGUCUGGAGAAGAAAACACUGCCUACGAAUUCAUCCUCAAGGCCCUCCGGACCUUUGAUGGCGAGGGUGUUGCUUCCGAAGAUGCCCAGAAGCUGUCUCUCCGCGCCCUCAAGAUGGCCAUUGCCUCCAACACCCACUACCUCUUCCAGGACCUUCGCGCUAUCCCCAGCGUCCAGGCGCUCAGCGACUCUCACCCCGUCUACUCCCAGCUUCUCGAUAUCUUUGCCGAGCAGGACCUUGAGGACUACAACGACUUCAACGACGAGCACAAGGGCUGGGUUGAGGAGCAGAAGCUGGACGGCGAGAAGUUGUACCGCAAGAUGAGGCUCCUUACCUUUGCCAGCUUGGCUGCCGCUACCCCCAGCCGCGAGGUUGAGUAUGCCAAGAUCACCAAGGCGCUCCAGAUCCCCUCGGAGGAGAUUGAGACAUGGGCCAUUGAUGUUAUCCGAGCUGGUCUCGUGGAGGGCAAGCUGUCACAGCAGCGCCAGAUGUUCCUUGUCCACAAGGUCACCUACCGUGUGUUCGGUCAGAAGCAGUACCAGGAGCUGGCCACCCGUGUCGACCACUGGCGAUCAACCCUGCAGAACGUCCUCGGCGUUUUGCAGCAGGAGCAGGCCAACGCAAAGGCCGCCAAGGCGCGCGAGGUCCAGGAGCUGGAGCGAAAGCUAGCCAACGCCAGCACCGGAGGCCAGGAGGGCGGACGACGAAGACAGCCACAGCGCGAGAGGACAGAUAACGACGACUAA